AUGCCGGCCGCGCAGCACAUCGAACGAGACCAAGACCUCGCCAUGAGCAGCGACGAGUUACUUCAAGCUCAGCUGGAGCUCUACCACCACGGCCUCGCCUUCGUCAAGUCACUGGCGCUCAAGGCCGCCACGGACCUGCGCAUCCCCGACGCCAUCCACCGCCGCGGCGGCGCCGCCACCUUGUCCGAGCUGGCCUCCGACACCGGGAUCCACCCCACGAAGCGCUCCAACCUCCGGCGGGUCAUGCGGGUGCUCACCACCACCGGGGUAUUCUCCAUUGUCCAAGGCAAAGGCAGCAACGACCACGCCGGUGAUGGCGCUGCGUAUUACAAGCUCACGCGGGUCUCCCGGCUCCUUGUCGAGAGAUCACCGCACAACCUGUCCCCGAUGGUGGGCACCAUCGUCAACACGUUAUGCUGGACCUCUCUCCUCAAAAUGCCCGAGUGGUUUACCCAAGGCCAAGAGGGAGAGUCGGCACAGUCGCACUCGCUCGUCCAGCUGGCCAACGGCUGCACGUUCUGGGACACCACCAAGGUCGAUGGCGGCUUGUUCAACGACGGCAUGGCCGCGGACAGCCGCAUCGCCAUGAAGGUCCUGUUGAAGGAGCACGGCGGAGCGUUCGGGGAAGUGAAAAGCUCGCUGGUGGACAUCGGCGGCAACCAUGGCGCCACCGCGUCGGCCGUGGCGAGAGCGUUCCCGCACCUCAAGUGCAGCGUUCUGGACCUCCCACACGUCGUCGCCGCGGCUCCCGCCAGCGACAUUUUGACCUUCGUCGCUGGAAAUAUGUUCGAGUAUGUCCCACCUGCGGAUGCUGUUCUACUCAAGUGGAUUUUGCAUGACUGGAAACACGAAGAUUGCGUCAAGAUAAUGCGCCGGUGCAAGGAAGCGAUCCCAGCGAAAGAAGCCGGAGGAAAGGUGAUAAUCAUCGACAUGGUGGUGGGAUAUCCGGUGACUCAGCCCAACCAUUCCAAAGAGGCGCAGGUUUUGUUAGAUAUCUACAUGAUGGGCUCCGAUGGAAUGGAGCGAGAGGAAAACGAGUGGAGCUUGAUUUUCUCCGAAGCCGGGUUCAGCGACUACAAGAUCACUCCAACCAAUGGGAUUCGAUCAAUUAUCGAAGUAUACCCUUAA